AUGAUGAUGCGAAAUGCUAGCAGUCAGUCGUCGCAUGUUAUUCCUGAUGCAAUCCGUGUUGCAAUGCGUGCUGUAGAUGGUUCUACAGCAGCAGCAAGCGCUACGUACGUUGAAACUAUGCUGGCCGAUGAACAUGAAAGCGUUUUUAUGGAGAUACCUAUGGAUAAAAGCAGUGAAAUGGAAAUGGGGAUAGAACAUGAGGAUCAUAUUCCACAUCAUCAUGAAAGUCGACAAACAAUUGGCAAGAUAAAUGAUGAACUAAGAUACUCAAUCAUUGAUGCUGUUUAUCUUCGGCCUGCAAUUUGGGAUCACGGUCGAGAACUGAGGAAUUUGGGCCAGCGAAAAGAUCAUUUUAUCGAAAUUGCUGCGCUUCUUAGCACCGACGAAAAUUUGCUUUCCUGCCACGAUAUCGAAAAACAGUGGAAAAAUUUGAAAGACUCGUAUUUUAAACUACGGAAGAAGGUAAAAAUAGAUGCUUCUGGAAAAUUGGUACAACCACGAUGGAAAUAUUUUUCGGCCAUGAUGUUUCUUGAUCGGCUCAGCAAUAGCAACGCUUCCUUUUCCGGAGCAAAUACUUCAGUGUGUGACGAAAUAAAUGAUGCACCAUUUGUUCAUCAACAGUCCUUUCUUGGGAAGGGAAAUGCAGAUAGAAACUUGACACCUGUUACUUCCGGGAGACACUUUAUUGAUGGGCGAUGCAAGAUAAGAAAGACUAUGAUUUCAACUUCGAACACUGUUGACGGGGAGUCAACGGAAUCUACAGUGCUCGCUACGGAAGAUGAAUAUUCUGCAUUUUGUAAUUCAUUGAUCUAUCCGUUGCGUGAGAUAGGCAGCAUGAAUCGACUGGAGUAUAUAAAAUUGCAAAAAGUAAUCCGUGAUGCAAUACACGAAAAGCAGAUGGAAUUAUUAGAAAAUGAAUCAACAAGGCCAUAA